AGGGUAGCUAUGAAUUUUUGAUGUUCAUACUUUCAGGGUUUGCAUUAAGAUUUUUUCUUUGGAUUUUGAAAGAUGUGGAAUGCCAGAGGGAAUACGUCUGCGAUUAAGAAAGGUGGAGGAAAUGGUCUGAUUGCGGUAGCCAUAGACAAGGAUAAGGGAAGCCAACAUGCUUUGAAAUGGGCUGUGGAGAACCUUCUUGCCAGGGGCCAAACUGUUCUUCUCAUUCAUGUUCUUAAUAGAUCACCUUCAUCUCAUGAUGAAUUCAACACGCCUGCAUUGCAUAAACAGCAUUUGGAGAAGAUAACCAGGGAUUUGUUUGUCACUUUCCAUUGCUAUUGUACCCGGAAAGACAUACAUUGCCUUGACAUUAUACUCGAGGACGUGGACAUCGCAAAAGCACUAACAGAAUACGUUUCUUAUUCUGCAAUUGAGUGUCUGGUUCUUGGUACCCCUUCGCGACAUGGAUUUAUCAGAAAAUUCAAGGCGGAUAUUCCAAGCAGUGUAUCAAAAGCAGCACCAGAUUUCUGCACUGUGUAUGUCAUUUCCAAAGGAAAGAUCUCUUCAGCACGAAAUGCUUCUCGUGCAGCCCCAUUUGCCUCUCCAGUACUUGAUCAAAUCCAAAAACAAAAUGCUAUUGCUGCUGACACACUUUCCCUGCAUAGCAACAGCUUGAUUUCAAGAGUAGAUAAACCAGGAAAGCCUCGUCAAUCAUUUGAAAAUUCUGUCAGGUCACCCUUUGCCAGAGCAAGAGGCUAUGGGAAGUCCUUUGCAGACUUUUCCGAAUCUGAAUCUGAAAAAUCAUUCAUCAGCUCAGAGAGGCCAAGCACUGACCGCAGCUCUUCCGUGCUAAACAAUGACAUUUUCCCUGAUUCAGCACGAACCUCAGCGGUUUCAUCCAGCUCUGGAAGCUUUGCCUCUCUGCGGUUGGGGCUCAGGUGGCCUGAGCAGGCUUCUGCCAGUGAUAUCUCACAAGUUUCACUGGACCAAAGUUCUCCCUAUUCUUAUACGUCCCAGCCUGUGGAAGAUGUGGAAGCUGAGAUGAGGAGAUUGAAGCUUGAAUUGAAACAAACAAUGGAAUUAUACAGUACAGCAUGUAAAGAAGCCCUUCAAGCAAAACAGAAGACUGUCGAGCUGCAUCGCUGGAGAGACGAAGAAGAGCGAAGAGUAGAAGAGGCACGACUUGCUGAGGAUAGUGCCAAGGCGAUCUUGGAGAGAGAAAGAGCCAAGUGCAGAGCAGCCGUAGAAGCUGCUGAAGCAGCAAAGAGAAUUGCAGAAUUGGAAGCACAGCAAAGAGUGAAUGCCGAAAUCAAAGCCAUCAAAGAAGCAGAGGACAUAAAGAAGAUGUUGGAUACUUUAGCCCAAAGUAAUGUUAGAUACAGAAAAUAUACCAUUGAGGAGAUUGAAGCAGCAACAGAUUUCUUUUCCCAAUCUCGAAAGAUUGGUGAAGGAGGUUAUGGCCCUGUCUUUAAAUGUCAUCUCGAUCAUACUCCGGUAGCAGUUAAGAUUUUGCGUCCAGAUGCCGCUCAGGGGAGAUCACAGUUCCAGCAAGAGAUUGAAGUACUUAGCUGCAUUAGGCACCCCAACAUGGUACUUCUUCUAGGUGCUUGCCCCGAGUAUGGCAUCCUAGUGUAUGAAUACAUGGCUAAGGGAAGCUUAGAAGACUGUCUAUUCAGGAAAGGGAACACCCCACCUCUGUCUUGGCAACUGAGGUUCCGCAUUGCUGCAGAGAUUGCCACAGGCCUACUAUUCCUCCACCAGACCAAGCCAGAGCCAAUUGUGCACCGGGACCUUAAGCCUGGCAACAUUUUGCUAGACCAAAAUUAUGUCAGCAAAAUCAGUGAUGUUGGAUUGGCCAGGCUUGUCCCUGCUGUAGCGGAGAACGUUACACAGUGCCGCAUAACAUCAGCAGCCGGGACAUUCUGCUAUAUUGACCCAGAGUACCAGCAAACAGGAAUGCUUGGAGUAAAAUCUGAUGUAUAUUCACUAGGAGUCAUGCUUCUGCAACUUAUAACAGCCAAGCCGGCCAUGGGACUGACUCACCUUGUGGAGAGAUCAAUAGAGAAAGAGACAUUUGAGCAGGUGUUGGACCCGGCUGUGCCUGAUUGGCCUGUUGAAGAAGCAUUGUCGUUCGCCAAGAUGUGCCUCCGAUGUGCAGAACUCAGACGGAAAGACAGGCCGGAUCUUGGAAAAGAGGUAUUACCGGAACUCAAUAGAUUGAGAGAUCUGGCUGAAGAAAACGACAACCACUUCAGUUUGGCCGGCAGUGCAGGACCCUCUCCCUAUCAGAGUCAAUUGUCCAUGACACCGGAAAGAGGGGAGAUUUUCUUCUUCUACAGGCCUAGGGUUAAUAAAGAAGAAGUUCAUGGUGCAGAUGAUGUGCAACGCCUGUACGUUGUGCUGCGCCCAGAGAGCGGUGAGAAGCCAGUUGAAGAAAAGCAAGACUCCCAUUCUGGCAAGGAAGGUGCCAAAAUUGCAAAUCAGACUCACGCACCCAAGAGUGGGUCAGAGGGUGGACAGUGUAGCCAGACACAACACAAGCCUCCAGCAAGAGCACUGGGAGAAGGCAUUUACCGCAUCUUGAGGCACAAUGAGGGCAAGAAAAAACACACUCAUUUGAUCUACAAGCUAGAAUUCCCAAAGGAAGAAGAUAAAAACGAGCCCCAAGAAUCACUCAACAUCGAACAUGAAGGAUCGUUCUUGAUGCAAGUAAAGAAUCCAGAGCAGCAUGGCAAUUCACAAUUCAGGGGAGUUCAAAAUAAGGGAAAGGCAGUAUUCCCUGCACGUCUGCAAGGACAGUUUGGACAAAAGCGAUACUGUUCAGCUAAUCCACCAGACUUCUUGAACUAUGAAGGGUGUGAGUUCUUGCUCAUUGCAGCCUUAGAUGAUAUAGAAGAAGAGCUGGGUUUGGAACUUGGGACAGAGGGGAAAGCAGAUCCUUUUUGUUCAGAUUUGCUCAAAACAUUUGGGGAAACUGCAUCUGUUACUCCCCUUCUUAAAGGUACUUGGAUUGAAUCUUUUUCUUGCAAAGAAUUAAGAUGAUGUGAAUGCAUCUUUCUGUUGUAAAUUUCCAAUUAUCUGGACUCUAGAAGUGGUAUGCUAUUCUGUUUUAGCUUGGUGCUAGGAAAAAUAUGCAUCUUUCGGUGCUGGCUCGAUGUAAUUACUUCUAGCUAGAUAUGAUGUUUCCUUUAGCUUAGAUGGUGGCCCUCUCUACGUGUAGGGCCGUAGAUUUUCUGCACAUUUUUAGUUCUAGGUGUUGGAGUUUGAAACACUUUGAUAUCCAAUUCCGAUAUAAAUUAUGUGUUUUUUU